AUGGACCCAAUGAAUGAUGCUCGUUUCUACGAGUCACUCAUCAAAGAGCCGCAUCGACGAUCGGAUGAGGAUGUUCGCAACAUUUUCGAGCAGCUUCGGCAGCUGGACAUGUUCUCGAAUCUUUAUCAGGGUCCCCUGAAGGCGAUCUGUCGAACAGCCAGAUAUGAACGACAUCGGGCACAUCAUAUUCUUUUCCGAAAAGAUCAAUCUGCAACGUGUUGGUACAUUCUAUUGUCAGGAUCCGUUUUAAUCGAACGCCACAUUUUAUUGCCGUAUGGAUGCUUUGGCAAGCGCAACGGCACCAACUUUCGCCGGGCCACUGAUUGCAUUUGCUUGCAACAAAGUGAGAUGAUUGUGAUUGAUUAUCCGGAUCUUGGAGCUGACACAUCGAUUCCUUUACAAAAUCGUCGACGAGUCGCCCCUCCACCACCAGCUCCACAAACAGAGACUUUUGUCGUUCCACCAAUGCCCCCACCUCGACCACCACGACAACCAAUUCCUCCUAGACCACCAAGGGGAUUGCCAAGAACUUAUCCGAUGGAUUUCCCCAUUGACACUCCGUCGACAUCGUAUCCAACAACUCAAGUUUUUGUAAAUGGAGCUGGUGAUGAGGACACAUUGGUGAGAGUGAAGCAUCGAAGGGAGAAAAGCGGAUCGAUGGGAAGUGUUGGCAGUUCGGGUAGAAAGCCACGGAUCAGAAGCACAGCAUCUUCUUCAACAACUGAAGGAGAUGAAUUUUGGGGUGCUGGCGCUGGGACGGCUGAAGGGGAUGCGAGUGAGGAUGAAGAUGAUGAGAGUGUUCCGUCACAUGAUGGUCUUCAUGAUUUAAAAGAUUCUGUGCGUGAAUGUCUUGAAAAAGAGCCUGGCGAACGGAGCACAGAUGAUGUGGCUAUUCUCUUGGAUUUCAUGCAACACAUGAGCGCUUUCUCCUCCUUGCCCGUAUCGAUCAAGAGACAACUGUGCUUGAAGAUGGUUUUCGCUGUUGUGCCUGAUGCUGGAACGAUUGUCAUGCAAAACAAUGAGAAAAUUGAUGCAUGGGCGGUCAUCGUGAAUGGUUGUGUUGAAGUGAUCAAACCAAAUGGAGAAAGGCUCGAGUUUAAGCUUGGCGAUUCGUUUGGCUGUGAGCCGAUAAAUACAUUGCAAUAUCAUAUGGGAGACAUGAGAACGAUGGUCGAUGAUUGCGAAUUCGUGCUUGUUGAGCAUCGGGAUUUCUGCUCAAUUAUGAGCACAAUUGGUGAACACAUUGAAAGAGGCAGAGAUGAUGUAACGGGAGAAGUUGUUUCCGAAACAGAAAAACGAGCAAUUGGGGCACAAGUUGGAUUGGUGCUUAUAAAGGCAAAACCCGAUAAAUUGAUCUCACAUCUCGUCGAGGAACGAGAUGGACAAGUCGAUGCGAAUUAUAUCGAUGAUUUCUUGUUGACAUACAGAGUCUUCAUCCACGAUCCCGUUCACAUUUUCGAGAAACUCAUGCUCUGGUUUGCCGAACCGCAAUACCGGGAUCGCGUCGCACGAAUCGUUCUCUUCUGGGUGAACAAUCAUUACAACGAUUUCGAGACAAAUGGAGAAAUGAUGCGCUUACUGGAAAGAUUUGAACAAGCAUUGGAACGAGACCAAAUGCACUCCCAGCAAUCGCUGCUCAACAUUGCUUGCAGUGUGAAGGCGAGAUCACGUUGCAUCACGUAUACUCGCUUCAACAAGGAUGAACCAAUGCAAUUCACGAUAAUGGGCGGAAAAGAGACCGGUUACGGCAUUUUCGUCUCCGAUGUUUUGCCUGAUUCAGCUGCUGAAAAAGCGGGAAUAAAAAGAGCUGAUGAGAUCAUUGAAUUGAACGAUCAAACUCUGAAAUAUGUGACCCUUCAACGAGCCAUCGAACUGCUCAAAGGGAGUAUAACCCUGAAGAUCACUGUAAAGAACAAUAUAUUAGGAUUCAAGGAAAUGAUUCAAAAGCCGGAUAAGGGGAAUGAUUCAAAGAUGAAAACGAGACCGUUGAGUGGAGCGAUUCAAUCAAGACCGAGCAUCCCGAGUGUUAUUCCGGUGAAAAGCUCGCCCACCCCUCAACUACCAAACAACAAGCAGAAGAAUCUGGGAAACAAAGGUCUAAUGGACAAAUUGUUCACAGUAAUCCGGGCUACAAAGGAUAGUGAUGUUUCUGAUUCGUCAUCUUUGUCAAAUGAGGGAUUGCGUGGAUCAAAGUCGAACCCGGAUCUAGCGAACACAAUCUCUCACUACUAUGGCCCGGUGAAGAGUGACUCUCCGGAACACGUCCUGAAAAUCUAUCGCGGCGAUCAAACCUUCAAGUAUUUACCAAUCUUCAAAGAAACAACCGCUCAAAAUGUUGUCCAAUUGGCACUUCAGGAAUUCGGCAUGACAACAGAGGGGAGUCUAGAAUGGGCACUUUGCGAGGUGACCGUCUGCGAGAAUCACACAAACGAAAGCAUGACCUCGAAAAAUCCCCUUGUAAUUAAACAGCGCCGAUUGCCUCCGCAAAUGGAGAAUUUGGCCGAAAGGAUUGCGUUGAAUAGCAGAUAUUAUCUGAAGAACAACAACCGCAGUGAGCCGCUAGUGCCCGAUGAGCUCGCGCCGGAUAUCAUGAAAGAGGCACAAGCACAAAUAUUGUCUUUGAAUGCGCAGGUUGUCGCCGCUCAACUCACGCUACAAGACUUCUCGAUUUUUGCCUCCAUCGAACCCACCGAAUACAUCGACUCACUUUUCAAGCUCGAGAGCAGAUAUGGAUGGCCAAAGUUAGACGAAUUCGAGCGGGUGUUCAACCGGGAAAUGUGGUGGGUGGCGACAGAAGUUUGCCGAGAGAAAAGCACACAACGACGCUCGAAAUUGAUCAAAAAGUUCAUCAAAGUGGCAAGAUGUUGUCGAGAUUUGCGCAAUUUCAACUCAAUGUUCGCGAUCGUUUCCGGAUUGGAUAAACCGGCCGUUCGACGAUUGCACAAUUCGUGGGAACGUGUUGGAGGAAAGUAUGCUCGUUUCCUCGAAGAAAUCCAUGCAUUGAUCGAUCCAUCUAGGAAUAUGUCCCGAUAUCGUCAACAUCUAUCAACCGUCAGCCCGGAACCGCCAGUGAUCCCGAUUUUCCCAGUCAUUAAAAAGGAUCUAACAUUUCUGCAUGAAGGGAAUCCGACGUAUACCGAGAAGCUGGUCAACUUUGAGAAAUUGCGCAUGAUCGCGAGAGAAGUGCGACGAGUGAACAAGCUCAGCUCUGCACCCUACGAGAUUGGAAGCAUGGCGGAAAGGAGUGGAACGACCAUCAAUGAUGCAUUGCUUUACAUGAAUGCUUUCGAUGGGGGAACGGGCACAGUGGCAACGAUGCGGAAAGGAGGAAGGACUGGACAACCAAGGAAAAAGAUCUACGAACAAGCACUGAUGGUAAGGAAAGUGAAAGCCUAUCUUGGUGGGCUGAAUGUUGUCGAGAAUGAGACGGAUCUCGAUAAUCUCUCCAUUGAAGCCGAACCGUCAGUGAAUGCUCCAAAAAUGAGACGAGCUCCUUCCCCAACUCCAUCUUCGAUUUCUUCCCAUUCCACCGGCUCCGAUCACAAACGCAUAAUGCUACCGGGUGGAUCGAAAUUCGGCAUCGAUAGUCCGCAAGCUGUUCAAAAAAUGCUCGCUCUUGUGCAAAAUUCGAAAUUGAAAGGAUCUUCCAAUCAACCAAGCCCAUCAACCUCUUCUCGCUCCAUCUCCAGACCAACACUGUCUGCUAGAUCAUCAGCUGGUUCGGGAAUGCUGAGAAUGAGCCGUUCAUCAGCCUCACAAUCGGUUGACAACAGCAGUCUGCCACAGAGAGCUGUUGAUCUCAAUCGGGAGACGAGUGCUGUUACGAAUAUUUACGGCAAUGAUGUCCUCAUU